AUGGCCAACAAGCGCGUGUCCACCGCCAACAGCAGGCUCAACCAGGUCUCUCGCCAAUUCUCCUCUUCCCGCGCCCAUCCUGCAGCCAUGAGCGCAUCUGCUCCCAACCGCGCUGCUGCUGCAUCCAAUGCAGGAUCCGCGGCCGAUGACCAGAAGCUCGUCAAGCUACUCUCCGAAGGCGGACUUCGCACCAUCCUACUCAACCGCGAGAAGGCGCUUAACGCACUCAACCAGGAGAUGGUCAACUUGCUCGAAGAGGCGCUCGAUGAAUGUCUCCUCUCUUCCACCUGUAACAUCAUUCUCCUUCGUGGUGUCGGUCGAGCUCUCUGCUCCGGUGGUGAUGUUCUCGCCGUCGUAAAAGCCGCCGACUCACGCGACCCUGAGGUGCGCAACAGCGCUCUCGAGUUCUUCCGAUCCGAGUUCCAGUUGGACUACAAGAUCGCCCGUCUCGGCGAGGCUACCAACGCUCACAGCGCCGACAAAGGUGCCGAAUAUUUACGCACACUCAUCAAGAGCAAGGGCAGCGAGGUUAAGAAUCCUAAGACCUUUGUGUCCGUCAUGGACGGUAUUACCAUGGGUGGUGGUGUCGGCCUCUCGGUUCAUGCUCCCUUGCGUAUCGCUACGGAGCGCACCAUUUUUGCUAUGCCAGAGACCGGUAUCGGUUACUUCCCUGAUGUCGGUGUCACCCGUGUUCUUGCCAGGCUCGAUGGUCGCAUUGGUCAGUACCUCGGUAUGACCGGUGCUCGUAUCUCCGGUGAAGAGGCCUACCUCAUCGGCCUCGCAACACACUACGUCUCCUCAUCCUGCAUCGAUGCUGUCGCUCACCGCCUCAGCAUGCUCCCUGCCGAGAGCGCCCUCAACCCCUCGCUUGUCUUUUCCGCCAUCCACGAGUUUUCCUCGGAGCCUCUCCUUGCCAAGGAGACGCUUGCCAAGUCUGCCUUCUUUGGUGACCGUCGCAUUGCCCUCGACUACGUCUUUGGUCAGCUCUCAUGCGAGUCCAUCUUCUCCUGCCUCGAGGAGAUCUCAUCCGGCAAGCGCGAUUCUCAAGCUGCAGCUGAGCUUGCCGAGCUCGGUCUGGCUUCCAUCACUCCCCAAGUUCAGAAGUGGUCCAGCCAGACAUUGAAGGAUCUCAAGACCAAGAGCCCUCGAGCACUCAAGAUCACUCACCAGGCUAUCUUGGAGGCGCGCAGAUUCGAUGUGGAAGAGGCUUUCCGAUUUGACAUGCGUCUUGCAACUGCUUUCUGCGAUCUCUCCAUUGGUCGUGACUUUUACACCGGUGUCAGGCACGUCCUUGAACGUGAUCCUGAUACCGGCAAGCGUCGUACGGGCAUUGCCGAGUGGGAUCCUCCAUCGCUCGACAAGGUCUCCGACACAACAAUUCGUGCUCAGUUCUUUGCUGAUCUCGAAACCGCCAAGGAAGCUGGUCUCAAGCUUCACGUUCCCGAACUCAAGGCUAUCCCCGAACCAUUGAUGAACAAGGAGGCAAGACAGGCAAGAGACAGUUUGUUGCGAGGCAAAGGUCCAUUGAAGUGGGAGCAGAGUCAUAAUGUCUUUGCUUUGCCAAGUGAGGCUGAGUGUGCGGCGUUGUUGGAAGGAAGUCAUCCUGCCGCUGGAGCAGUGGUUCCGGAUGAUGCCGAGUUGGUCGAUAGCUUGAAGAGGCAUAAGGGACAUUUGCCUGGCUUGGAGUUCAAGAUCAAGGAUUGGAUUGAAAGGAAGCGUCGUGCCUCAGCAUAG